GCGAUGGUUACCUCCCUUUGAUGUGUUCUUUGAGAGUUCGUCUAGUUUUGUGUCACAGUUUACUGGUUGUAUUUCUGAUCCACGUAUGGGAAGUAGGUAGAAUCAACUCUGUAUAGGCCUGUUAUGGAAGAUGUCUAACUUACUUCUUGCAAUGUCAAGAUCUGUGCUUCGAUCCCACACUGUCAUCCCAUACCAGUCGGUCGCCAUGUUUUCCUCCUCAGCACGUAAACAAGGGCAGGCAACUCCUACAAGGACCAAAGCUGUCAUCUUUGACAUGGGCGGAGUGGUCAUCCCAUCACCAAUUGAAGCCCUGAAAGAAUUUGAAGUGCGGCACAACCUACCGAGGGGGACUGUCAUCAGUCUGAUCGUCAAUGGUGGAGAGAAGGGAGCCUGGCAACAACUGGAGAGUGGGAACAUCACCCUCCAAGAGAUGACGGCCGCCUUUAGUGAAGAGUGCUCACAGAAGGUGGGCAGGAAGGUCGAUGCCUCAUCCCUGGUUGAGAAGCUGGGGAUGAAUGUGACAGCGUACCCCCAGAUAGUGGACGCCAUCAGGUGUAUCCGGGCUGAGGGCAUCAAGACGGCCCUACUCACCAACAACUGGUUCAUCAACAGAGCAGAGAGUCUUGUGCCUGUCGAUAGGUCUUUGUUUGAUGUGAUAGUUGAAUCAUGUGUUGAGGGAGUAAGGAAGCCAAACCCUCGCAUCUACCACACCUGCCUGGAAAGACUGAAGGUAGCACCAGCACAGGCCAUGUUCCUCGAUGACAUCGGCAGCAACCUCAAGGCUGCCAAAGAACUGGGCAUCCGCACGAUCAAGGUAGAAGAUCCUGACCAAGCGGUUCUUGCACUGGAAUCUGAGCUUGGUCUACGCCUUCAGGGAUAUGUGGCAGGAACUGUAUCUGUGCCGUCUCAUCUAGCUCUGCCUGUAGACCAUCUGGUGUCCUACCUACAGUCUCACCUCAAUCUGACAUCUCAAGGACCCCCAAUACUGAGGUGCUUCAAGCAUGGCCAGUCCAACCCAACCUACUUUCUCAACUAUGGAGGCAGGAAUAUGGUCUUGAGGAAGAAGCCACCCGGCAAGCUGCUGCCAUCCGCCCAUGCGGUGGACCGAGAGUAUCGCGUGAUGAAGGCUGUCGGGGAGAACGGCGUCCCUGUCCCAGAGAUGCUGGCUUUCUGUGACGAUGAAAGUGUCAUCGGGACCCAAUUCUACCUCAUGGACUACGUACCAGGGAGAAUAUUUGAGGACUUCUACCUAACUGGGAUGGAUCCAGCAGAAAGGAAAAACAUUUAUUCCGCUAUGACUGAUGUUCUCUGCAAAAUCCACUCCGUGGAUAUAAACAAAGCUGGGUUGGAAACGUAUGGCAAACAAGGUAACUAUAUGGAACGGAACUUCAAGAGAUGGGCGAAACAGUAUGAGGCAAGCAAGACCAGGGAGAUACCAUCAAUGACAAAACUGAUGGACUGGAUUCCAAAGAACUUGCCCGGGGAUGAGAGAGUGACUGUUGUACACGGGGACUUCCGGUUGGACAACUUGAUAUUCAGUCCAUACAAGUCUGAUGUGCUGGGGGUUCUAGAUUGGGAGUUAUCUACCCUUGGUGACCCCUUGUCUGACCUUGCUCAGAGCUGUAUUAUAUACUAUCUGCCUAAAGACUUUCCAUUAUUUGCAGGAUUUGUUGGUGAGGAUGUGUCGAAGCUUGGUAUUCCAACAGUCCAGGAAUUUGUUGCCCAGUACUGCGAGAGAAUGAACAUUCCACCAAUCACAAACUUGGAUUUCUACAUGGCCUUCACCUUCUUUAGGUUUGCUGCAAUCUGUCAAGGUGUCUAUAAACGAGCCAUCUCAGGACAAGGAAGUUCCCCGAUUGCUGAGAAAGUUGGCAAGUAUGCCGAGACAAUGUCCGACAUUGGAUGGAAGAUGGCAUCCCAGCAGGGCACGGGAUCCCAGGUCCAGUCAGGGCGAAGAGCAUAUUCCACAAGUACCAGGUCCAUGAUGACAUACAUGUCCCGACCCCUGUCCACACAACCACACACAGGCACUGUCGGGGCCAUGGCAGUGUCGGUGAAGGGCUUGUCCCAACAGGUUCAGGAUCUCCAUCAGAGGGUGCGGAAGAUGGUCAAUGAGGACAUCAUCCCUCUCGAGGCAGAUAUAGCAGCCCACAGCAUGGGGCCACACAGAUGGGAGCUUUUCCAGCCAUUGCACGAUCUCAAGAAUAAAGCCAAAGCCCAGGGUUUAUGGAACCUGUUUCUCCCAGUGGAGACUGACCCAGAGCGGAAGUUCGGAGCCGGUCUCACCAACCUGGAGUAUGCCUUCCUGUGUGAGGAGAUGGGGCGAUGUGUUGUGGCUCCAGAGGUGUUCAACUGUAAUGCGCCGGACACAGGCAACAUGGAGGUGCUGGUCAAGUACGGGACAGACCAACAAAAACAAAGAUGGCUGACACCACUACUGAGCGGGGAGAUCCGAUCCUGCUUCGGGAUGACCGAACCAAAUGUUGCAUCCUCCGACGCCACCAACAUCCAGUCAUCAAUCAGGAGAGAUGGCGACGACUACAUCGUCAACGGACAUAAGUGGUGGACGUCAGGUGCCCUCGACCCCCGAUGUAAGCUCUGUGUAUUUAUGGGCAAGACGGACACAGGAGCGGCAAGACAUCAGCAGCAGAGUAUGAUCCUCGUCCCGAUGGACGCUCCGGGAGUGAAGAUUGUCCGGCCACUCACUGUGUUCGGAUACGAAGACAGUCCAGCCGGCCAUGGAGAAGUCGUGUUUGAAAAUGUGCGGGUUCCUGCCUCCAACAUCCUCCUGGGUGAAGGUCGAGGGUUUGAGAUAGCUCAAGGUCGUCUGGGCCCUGGUCGCAUCCAUCACUGUAUGAGGCUGAUCGGCAAUGCGGAACGGGCACUUGAGUUGAUGGUGAAGAGAACUCAGGAAAGAAUUGCCUUCGGGAAGCCUUUAGCAGCUCAGGGAACGAUACAGGCUGACAUCGCCCAGUCACGUAUAGAGAUAGAACAGACUCGACUCCUGGUGUUGAAGGCUGCCUACAUGAUGGACGUGUACGGGAAUAAGGUCGCUGCACCAGAGAUAGCCAUGAUCAAAGUAUCAGCCCCAAGCAUGGCCCAGCGAGUCAUUGACAGAGCCAUACAGGCCCAUGGUGGAGCUGGUCUUCACCACGACCUGCCCCUGGCGAUGAUGUUUACCUGGGCUCGUAUCCUGCGUCUCGCUGACGGCCCUGACGAAGUACACAAGCGUGCUGUGGCAAGGAUGGAAUAUGCAAAGUCUGUCAAAGCUAACUUGUAGAGAAUUAUUAAUCAAAACGUACAAAGAAAACCUCGAGGAGGCAACCUCAUUCCUGCAAAACUGGACGAAAAGUUGUUGUUCAUUAGAGAUUGAAGAUAAUUUAUUAUGAUUAAUAUAAAAUUUGAUCAAUCUUGAUUUCCGGGUUUUGCCCAUUGUAAGUUUCUAAGCGGCUCUAAAAGAGGGAUUGACCCAGGCCAAUUGGCAGUACUUGCGGUUCAAGUCAUUCUGAACACACAUAGCCUGCUAACUCAGAUUGUAGGACGGAACUCAUUCCAGCAGUGUGAGUGUUAUUACUGAAAACUUCACCAUCUUAUGGCCAUUUCAACUCUAGGAAUGGUAAAUUGAAUAACUGCUGAUGACGACUGGGGGAUUGAACCCAGAUCACAAUAUGCAGGGAAGCAGUGAAAACUAAGGUUGUUUGAAUGGCCAUGUCAGUGGCAAUUGUCUUGAGUCAAGCCAGCUACGCCAUGAUCGUUCUUCGGGCUUCUUCCCAGGUCAUGCUUGUAGUAAGAGAUGACCAAAUGGAUCGGGUGGUCAGACUCGGUGACUUGGUUAAUAGCAUGUCAUCGUACCCCAAUGAUGUGGAUCAUUGCUUAUAAUAUCUAUCACUGGUUUGUCUGGUC